CCAAGCAGGGCCGGACCGCUGGCUCUCCUCCUCUGUGUGAAUGUGUCAGGGAAGUUGUGUGCAAGUGUGUGCGCAUGUCUCUUGUUCUUUUUAAACUUAAAGCUGUGUUUAGGAGCGGCAGGCAGACUUUUUUCAGAGUGUGAGAGGGAGAAGGAGAGGGGGACCCCUGUGGUGCUGUGAUUUGACUAAACAAACAGCCCUGCUCAAAGUGGUACCUCCUCCAGCGGACUCCAGGGACAGCAGAGAUUAACCUCAGACUCUGAUCAUCUGAGGGAUCUAUACAUCUGAAGCAGCAGCCCCAGCUGGGAAUCCUUCCUCUGGUUUCAGAAAUAGAAGAGCGGCUGCUCGGACAGAGAGGGAAGACUCGUCCAGACUUCUAGGAUCACUGUGGAGAACAAACUGAUUUGAAGGCCUCCACCAUGAGGAGGGUGACUCCAUCCAUGCUCCAGGUGACAGUCACAGUUACAGCUCUGCUGUAUCUCUGCGCUGAGCUGAGCUGUGUGGAGAUCACACCGGAUGAGAAGGAGCUCGUCCUGUCCCGAGGCUCCUCUCUCACCCUCACCUGCUCCGGAUCAGGGGAGACCACCUGGGAGUUCAAGAGGGAAGACGUGCCGUUCUUCCAGCUGGAACAGUCUCAGAGCUACAGCAUUGAACAAAGCAGCGUCACAUCCAGUGUGCUGACUUUGUGGAACGUGAGCUGGAAGCACACAGGGGUGUAUGUGUGUAUCGAUCGACUCAACUGGGAAAUUAAGGAAGUUUCUGUUUUUGUCCCAGAUCCUGAUGUUUGGUUCAUAAAUAGCUCACACGGCAUGGUUGCCAAAACCAGUGAGGAAAGCACCAUCCCCUGUGUGGUCACUGAUCCCAACAUCAACGUCACCCUGUAUGAGAAGGACACCGAUGUGCCCGUCAAGGGGUUUUACAUUCCCAGUGAGGGUUACAAGGCACCGCUGGAGGACAGGACCUAUGUUUGUCGAGGAGAGAUGAAGGGAGAGGUGAAAGAGUCUCAGGCCUUCAACGUCUACAGCAUCGCUGUCCCAGAGGCCAUUGACGCCUACAUCAACGCGUCAAAGACGGUCCUAAAGCAGGGCGAGCCACUCACGGUAAACUGCACCGUGCUAGGAGUGGAUCUGUUGUCCUUUUCCUGGUAUAUCCCCAACAGAGAGAUCGAGCCAUUUACAGAAGAGUUGUCCACCAUGGUGCGCUCCUGCCUGAUCUUCCCUCAGACCACUGUGGCCCACAGCGGAAACUACAUCUGCCAUGUUCAUGAAAGCGUCCAAGACCAGACAGCCUCUGCCAGCAUCAACAUCACUGUGCUUGAGCAAGGCUUUGUGAAUCUGAGGUCGGCUCAGAAACAAAACAUUUCAGCCAGACUCCAGGAGAACGUGGAAUUGAGGGUAGAAAUUGAGGCUUACCCUCCCCCUCAGGUCCGCUGGAGCAAAGACGACGCCACCAUCAAGGGAGACAAAAUCAUCAUGACAAGACAAGAGCAGGAGAUCAAGUAUGUCACUGUUCUCACCUUGGUGAGGGUGAGGACUGAGCAGAAGGGCCUCUACACUGCCCACGUCACAAAUGGAGAUGACACAAAAGAAAUGACUUUUGACCUGGAGGUCCGAGUUCCAUCUCAGAUUAAAGACCUGACGGACCACCACCUCCCUGGGAAGAGACACUUGGUGACCUGUGUUGCUGAGGGGGUCCCAACCCCAAGCAUACAGUGGUACAGCUGUGACCGCAUGCUCAAGUGUAGCAACCAGACAGCGUUGUGGCAGCCGCUGAAAGCCGAGCCAGAGACACUGAGCAUCCAAACCAACAUCAAUUACAAUGAGACUCGCAAAAUCAGCCAGGUUCGAAGCCAGCUGACCUUCCUCAAGCCGCAGCAGGUGACGGUGCGAUGUGAGACCAGCAACCAAGCCGGACUCAUUGACAGGAGAGACAUCAAACUGGUGUCCAGCACAUUAUUCUCCCAGGUGGCAGUGUUGGCUGCUGUACUAGCCUUGGUGGUCAUCAUCAUCAUGUCCAUCAUCAUCCUUAUCGCUGUAUGGAGGAAGAAGCCUCGUUAUGAGAUCAGAUGGAAAGUGAUUGAAUCUGUGAGCCAGGACGGUCAUGAGUACAUCUAUGUUGACCCCAUCCACCUGCCCUAUGACCUGGCCUGGGAAAUGUCUCGAGAUAACCUGGUGCUGGGUCGCACUCUUGGAUCAGGAGCCUUUGGCAGAGUGGUCGAGGCAACUGCGUAUGGUCUCACUCAUUCCCAGUCCAGUACAAAAGUGGCUGUGAAGAUGUUGAAAUCUACAGCAAGGAGGAGCGAGACUCAGGCUCUGAUGUCAGAGCUGAAGAUCAUGAGUCACCUGGGCCCCCACCUUAACAUAGUCAACCUGCUGGGAGCCUGCACCAAACAUGGGCCUUUAUUCCUGGUGACUGAGUACUGCCGCUAUGGAGACCUUGUGGACUACCUGCACAGGAACAAGCACACCUUCCUGCAGUAUUAUGCUGAGAAGAACCAAGACGACGGCUGCCUCAUCUCCAGAGGAAGCACUCCGCUCAGUCAGAGGAAAGGCUAUGUGUCAUUUGGAAGCGAGAGCGAUGGAGGUUACAUGGACAUGAGCAAAGAUGAGCCCUCGCUCUAUGUCCCCAUGCAGGAGCAGAUAGAUACCAUCAAGUACGCUGACAUCCAGCCCUCUCCGUACGAGUCCCCUUACCAGCAGGACAUCUAUCAAGAACAAGGAGGUGGCAGGCUGGAUCUGGUCAUUAGCGACUCUCCCAUCCUCACCUACGAUGACAUGCUGGGUUUCAGCUACCAAGUAGCGAAGGGGAUGGAGUUCCUCGCCUCAAAAAACUGUGUUCAUCGGGACCUUGCUGCCAGGAAUGUGUUGAUCUGUGAGGGUAAACUGGUGAAGAUCUGUGAUUUUGGCCUGGCCAGAGACAUCAUGCAUGACUCAAACUACAUCUCUAAAGGCAGUACCUUUUUGCCCCUGAAGUGGAUGGCCCCAGAAAGUAUUUUCCACAAUUUGUACACAACCCUCAGUGAUGUGUGGUCAUAUGGCAUUCUUCUUUGGGAGAUUUUUACACUUGGAGGAACCCCCUACCCUGACUUACCUAUGAAUGAGUUGUUCUACAACGCUUUGAAGAGAGGCUAUCGGAUGGCUAAACCCAACCACGCCUCUGAGGAAGUAUAUGAGAUCAUGAAGAAAUGCUGGGAUGAGAAGUUCGAGAAGAGACCGGAGUUCUCUUUUCUGGUGCACACUAUGGGGAGCAUGCUGACUGACACCUAUAAAAAGAGAUACAACCAAGUUAAUGACAACUUCCUGAAGAGUGACCAUCCAGCAGUCGCCCGCACCAAACCCAGACUCACCUCACCCUUUCCCAUCGCCAACCCAGCAUUCGGCUCCCCAGCUCCUGUCUCCUUUCCUCCUGACUCGUACCGCCAGAGCCCUGGACAAUUCAGACCUGAGACAGACACACAGGAAGUCAUACCUUCAUACAACGAGUACAUCAUCCCCAUCCCAGACCCCAAACCAGAGGACGUUUUCACUGACGUGCCUUCAGAGAGCCCUGUCAGCUCUAUGGCCCUGGAGGAAGAGACGGACUCCACAUCACAGGACACAGCUGAGACUCUUCCGGAGGAGGACCGGCUAGAAGAGACCAGCGAGAGAGAUGCUUUGCUGGGCUCCUCAGGGACGCCCGAGGUAGAAGACAGCUUCCUGUAGUCACACAUAAGAAUACUGAGAAAACAGAACCUCUGUCUGAGGUUCUUUCUUAAACAUGCCAGAAAAAGGGAACGUGACUAAAUGAGAAUGUAGCAAAAAUUAAACUGAGAAGGCGAUCUUUGUUUGUCCUCUAAGCACUAAGUGAGAAGUUUCGCCUUUCUAGUUUAUGUACCUUUGAAAACCACAAAAUGGUUUGAAUUAAUGAGCCCGAUGUUGUUCAUUGAUCAGAAGCCUAACACAGCUUAAAUACAGUAUGGUACUCUCCUCACAUAUGCACUGCAGAAUCAGGUCACAGAAAGAAAUGAUGCAUAAGUGUAGCGUGGGAUUCACGUGGCCUUAUGACAUUUGGCCAUAUAGUAUGUCCCAUUUUGACCUUUUAUGCCCAUAACCAGAGUAGAUUUUCAUUCUGUUUUUUUUUUUUGUUUUUUGUUUUUUUUUUGUAGAAAAGUGGGUGUUUCUUGUUGAUAAUGAUUGUUUUAUUAAUUUUAUCAAACAAACUCUGUUCCAGCCCAGACAUAAAGCUGUUACCAUACUCAUGGUAAUCUGCAACAUUAGGGUACUUCAUGUUUAACAUUUUGUCUUGCCUUAAGAAUGACCGACAUUUGUUUUUAAUCUUUGUUAUGUUUUUGUGAUUUUCUUAUAUUCACAGAGCAAAUGAACCCUGUCAUUUCUAUGACGUUUGGACAUUGUGUAAAAUGUAAACAAAAACAGGAUGUGAUGAUUUCCAAAAUGAUACAGCCCCAUAUUUAAAUGGAAAUAGCACAACAGAAACAGCAAAUGUUGAGUCUGAGUACAGUCAUUGUUUAGGAAAAUUGCAUACCCAGUUUGUGUCUGAUACAAACAGGAAACGUCCUACAUGAAGCAAAAGUGAUAAAUAAUUCCCUUAGUUCCUACCCCUCAAUUUUGCGUAACCCCUUGCCCUUGAAACAAAGGUCCUAAGGGCAGUGAUGAAGUCUUCUUCUACGAAAUGAGACAACUCUUUGAACUCCUGAUUGGUUAUGAAAAGUCUUUGACAGCAUUUAUGUUAACACACAGGACCCCGCUACUAGCAUUUUUUUUUUCAAAAUGCUCACUUAAAAAUUAAAAGGAUCCUCAUGCAUUGAAGCAAUAUUAAAUUAGAUUGUUUUUGUAAUUUUAACAAAUCUUGCUGAUGAUUCACAAGGCAUUCUGGGAGAUUUUCCAUAACAUUUGGUUUAGAGCAUCUCACUUUGUAAGGCCAUGCAAUUCCGGCACUUCACCCUACCUCUCUGUUCCAACAUGAAUCUGUACACCUGACUCCUAGUCAUGAAUGCACAAAACACAGAGGAAGGGCUUCAUGACAGUGGGAUAGUGCAGGUAUACCGAGUAUACACUCUUCUCUUAUUAGUUUCUAUACAGCAGUGACCAUCAGUGGCAUAUCAAGCCACCUAAAGCUCCCCAUCCAGCUUCAAAAAUGUGAUUAAGUUCAGAAAAUGCGAGGAGAAAAAAAUAUAUUUUGGUUUUCAGGGUAUGUUCAGUCUUUAGAUCCCUACAGCAAUCAAAUUAACCGCAAAAGGAUCAAGAUAGCUAUAGUUUAUCAGGAAUUAAUUAAUAUUUGACCAAUUUUUUACAUAACCUGUCAGCUACUGUAAGUAAAUAUGAAACAUGAUAAAUGUAAACUUAUCCGUCCAGUCGUGAUUAAAUCAGCAUUUUUCUAUGUACUUUUACUUCAAACUCUUGUAGAGUUUGGUGUUUUUAACCAAUCAGGAUGCAGCAUAUCAGCGUCAAACCUAGUGAUGGACAACAUGGCAGUCCUAGAAAUAUGUAACUUAAUAAAUGUAAUAGGGACUGAUCUCUUUGUUCAUGCUUCAGAAGUACUCACAUUUGAAAGAAAAUACAAAUACACAAUAGUUUGUUAUUAGAACCAAAAUAUUUAUUUGAUUUUAGUUCAAAAUUUUGGUCUGGCCCCUAAAGCACCUGUCAAGACAAAAUCUGACCCCUGUAUAGUUUGUACAUGAUGACCUCUGCUAAAGAGUAUACACGUCUAAACCUCCUCUGUAGUGGUAAAGUUCAUUUUUUGUUCUUAGGCUAAGGAAGGCAUUACCUGCCUUACUCUGCCAAAUUGGCCAGUAGUUUUUAUUGCCUUUUUUUGGCUGGGUAAGAAUAUCAGUGUUAGCCAGUCAGGACCAAAGUAGAGCGGGUUAUACUUUGUGGUUCCUUGCGAUAUUAAACAACAAAAACAAACUUUCCCUCAGCUUACUUUAUCGUUCUUUCAUAAUGACUACCUGAAAUCAAGCAGCAAAUGUUGUGUUUCAAAUUGCAAAUAAUUGCCUAUAAUAAGUGUAUGCAAGAGCAUUUAUCCUUUCUGGCUUUGGUGCGAAACCUUGUUUAUUUUAUUUCUUUAGAGUUAUUGGUCUCCCUUAACAUCUGUCAGUGUGUUUUUGAACAUUUUAAACCAAUAAAAGUGUCACAACGUCCUGGCUAUCACCACUCAAUGUUAAAUUAUUUGAAAAAUACAGCUUUUUUUCAUUCCCUGAAAAGUGGGGAUUUGGAGGUAUGAGGUUUUGGCCUGACCCCCAGCAAUUUGCUUAAUGGUUCACUCAAAUGUGGACCUAAAUUAAGAGCAUACCCACUUCUGCAAGCACUACACCACUGGUUAAGUGGUAGGGGCAAGGGAUGAGUAGGACUGAGACCAGCUUUUUUGAAACGUGUCACUGGAUCAGUAGUUAGGAGAGUACAGAGCACAUAAUAACUAAAAAAAAAAAAAAGGAAAUUCGAACAUUUUAGAUUAGAGGUGGGAAUCUUUAGGCACCUCACGAUUUGAUUGGAUUACGAGUCAUAGGGCUACAAUUUGAUUCUUAAUCGAUUAUUGAUGCAUUUUGAUGCACUCGUUUUUUACAUUUCUGAUCUCACUGUGUCCAACAUAAUAAAAACUUUUCAUUUGUGUUUAGAAUAAAGAGAUUAAUUAAAUUUCCACCAUCCUCUAAUGGAAGAUAUGUGUAAACUGGAAACUCACAAUUGCACUGAACCAAAGGUAGCAGCAUCCUUUCCUUGUCAAAUAUCUGAAAUUACAAACAUAAAAAUGUCCUUUUUCACAGUUGAACAACUGGUAAUCUAAAUCUUGCUCUUACAUGCUGCAUGUCAGAGUUCCACUUUUUUGUUUCUGCUUUUCCACAGUAUUAAAUAUUUAAAUUAUUAUUAAUUAUUGGGCCUUUAUAAAUCGAUUCAGAAUCUCCCACAUACACAUCACAAUGCAUCUAAAAAUCAAUUUUUUCUUCUGCCUCUAUUUUAAAUGUUGACAUUGUGCAAACUCUGUUAGCAUGGUGUUUCGAUGUUUUUGCAAAUCAUCACAUCGCGUUUUUGUUUACACAGCGUCUCAACUUGUAUGAGUUUAGGUUUAGGUUUUAGGAGUUUAGGUUUGUAAGAUACAGAAAAAUACUACAUGCACUGUUUUGCCAUUAUGAAUACUUUAGUAUAGGCUACGUCCACCACAGUAUCUGAAGGUUUUUCAUAUAAAGUGUGUCUUCUGUGAAUUUUGAAAACUUGUUUAAUGUAGAUUUCUAUCAUAGAUCUGUGCCAGACUUGCACUUUAUAUAGGAAUAUAUGUAUGGAUAUCCAUAAUGAGGAAAUAAAAAUACUCUAAUGAAGAUGAAAUAAUUCAGCAGAGAAUAGACUUUAAUGUGCGAUUGUUAUGACACUCCAGUUUGUGUGACUACAGGUGAAUCACUCAAGCAAAAAUAAUCAAUACAGCGUAUCACUGCCUUCUAGCACAAGAUGGCACACCUGAGUGCCUUUGUAUAUAGACUGACAGAUUCUUGUCUUGCAGCUGUUGUUUCUCAAAGGGCUUCUGUGCCCAAGAAGCCUAUCACAGUCACGUGUUUAAAAAUUAUGCUUUUAGUCAUCAGUUGCAUUGUAUAACAUUCACUUACACAGUGUAUCAUACUUAAUUUCAAACAGCACAUUAUUUUUUGUAGCACCAGAUCACUGUAUCACAAGCUAUGGUACCAAAGCUCUUCUUCUUAACGUUUACAAAUGUAUUUUUUUAUAUGUGCCAUUUGACAUGUUGUGAAUGUGACAAUAAAGGUGUAUUAUCAUCGA